AUGAUUAAAUAACAUUACUUGGUCGAAUCAAAUUAUUUAGAGAAAAUUUGUUAAGAUANUUCUAAUGUUUAAGAAAACAUUAAAGUUGCAGAUCCUAAAUUAAUCAAUCUAACUAAAUAAGAGAAAAAAGCAAAAUAAAUCUUAUUUAAAUUAUUUAUCUAUUAAAUAGUAAGAGCAGUAUCAUAUUUACAUCACAAGAACAUUACUCAUAGAGAUCUUAAUCCUAGAAAUAUUUUAAUUGAUGUUGAUACAUUAAGUGUCUAACUCUGUGAUUUUAAUAGUGCAAAAUCAUUAUUCUCUUAGAUUCCUUCUCCAAAUUAUGUUGGUGAACGAAAUUAUAGAGCACCAGAAUUAUUAUUAGGAGCUAAAUUAUAUAAUUAAUAAGUUGAUAUUUGGAGUUUGGGUUGUAUUAUUUCAGAAUGUUUUUUGGGCAAAUAAUUAUUUAAUGGAACUAAUACUGUUGAAACUAUGGCUGACAUUAUUAGAUUGCUAGGAACACCUACUCUUUAAGAAAUGAAAAAUCUAAAAUCUUAAAUAUUAGAUCUUAAAAUGCCUGAAAUACCUAAAUUUCCUAUGGCUAAACGAUUCUAAGAAAUAGAAAAUGAAUAAUUGAUUGAUUUGCUAGAGAAAAUAUUUGUUUAUGAUCCUAAUUAAAGAAUAUCUGCUUUUGAAAUUUUAUUACAUCCUUUCUUUUAAGAAUUGAAACAACCAAAUAUUAAAAUUAAUUCAAAAUCUCUUCCUAAUUUAUUUAAUUUUACAAAAGGUAUUAUUAUUUAAUACAAUUUCUAGAAGAGUUAUAGUUAGAUGAAUAUUAAAUUAAUCAAAAUAGAUUAAUACCAAAUUGGUUUACUGAAAAAUAAAAGAGAUUUGAAUAUCUAACAACCAGUAUGGAUGAUGCUAAAUUAUUAUUAAAUAAAUGA